AUGAGAGAAUGCCGCCCCACUCAAGAUUCGGAUGAAGAACCACCCUCGGUGAACCCACGAGGCAGACGGAUGUCCACUCUCCGAGGCUUUGACCUCGACCUGGUCUGGCAAGCCUUGUACAAAGAUGCCUACGAGGCACCCGACAUUUUCUGCGACCUGGAGAUAGAAAUGACAGUCUACAAGAAAGAUUCCUCCCGUGGGAAGAAGGGCCUGGAACAUUACAAGGAGAAAGGCUUCGUCCCCAUCGACGUGGGUGUGAGCGAGGCCUGCAGCCGCACCCUGGACUUCGCCUUCGCAGAUGCGGCCUGUGCCGCCGUGGCGCGGCGCACGCGGCGGGUCGCGGAGGCGGAGGAGCUGCAGCAGCGGAGCCGAAAGGCGUUGCGAGAGCUCUAUGACGCCAAGACGGGCUUGAUGGGGCAUCGCAAGAAGAAUCAGGACUUCGUGGAGGAAGCGCCGGAGACCUGGGGCGAUUGCUACACCGAGGGCUCGGCGUGGCAUCACUCCUUCCCUCCCUUCGACCUGGAGACCUUGGCAGAUGCCUGGCUGCGUGAGAGGUGGCGGACGGGUGAGAGAGAUGAGGCAGAGGUGUUGCCAGAGCGAAGAUUUGAAGACACAGAUGUCAAGGAGGAAGGGCCGGGAGCGAGCGAAGCUGAGGAGUUGCAUGGUGGACGUGAGGGCUUGGUGGCAAAACUGGAGUCACUCUUCACCGUGCCUGCGGAUUUCAAGACAGGCUCCUACAAGGGCGAGAUCCACGAGAUGCGAGAGAUGAGGAUGUUUUCGCUCCUCGGGGAUCAGAACCGCACGGCUCGUCUGGUGCGGGACAUCCUCUCGCGCGCCUACUCGCCCGAGGGCUUCGCGGGAGACGAGGAGAUGGACAACGGGGAGAUGGGCUCCUGGUACGUGCUCUCCGCCUUGGGUUUGUACCAGCCGGCGCCCGGCGUGACGGAGAACUUCACCCUGGGCGCGGUGCCGCUCUUCCCCCGCGCAAGGCUGCGCGCCUUGGACAUCACCGUGGAGGCGCCCUCGGCCGCCGAGGCCGCACCGGCCGUGCAGGUCGUUUUGUGGCGCUCGAGUCCCAUCGUGGGCACAGCCAUUGCCUACUCCAAGCUCAGAAUGGGCGGCAUCUUGCGGUUCUUGUCACCCGAGACGUCCGGACAGUUGGGCAACGUGGUCUCCUCCUUCCGCGGAGCGCUCCACCGUGCAGCACGCCAGGUACGCCAGUCGGCCGAGCGUUCUGCGGAGCAGCGCCAGACGCGCGCGGCGAACGCGCUACCGGCGCCUUCGGCAUCUGUCGUGGUGGAGGAGGUGGUGAUCGAAGCUCCGGAACAGGGCGCCACGUCCACGUGGCCGAUGUCGGACGCCGGCGCUGUCGGCCGCGGUGGCUCCUUUGGAGUGGAGGGGACCAGCUGGAUCUUAGACAUCGUUGGGCUUGUGCUGGUGCUUCUAGCUCUUUUCCUGGCGUGCCCCAGGUCCCGCUGGCGCAAGGACACGCGGAAGGAGUGAGCAGGGCCCCGUUUACGGAUUCACCGUUGAGAAAUGAGACUGAGGCGAUGAGACAACAGGCACAGCGCUGCAGAGAAAUCGGUUCGACCCUUCUGUUGAAACAAUGGAAGGGCUCGUUAGCACACUUCACUUGGAUCAAAACAUGGUCCAUGUGGAUGUGGCUCAAUAAUCUUGUGAUAUGC